GGACCUGACGCGAUGACGUUGGCGGGUGUUCACAUACGUCACACGCACUCAGCCUUGGAGCGGACGCUCCGGAGCUCCGUGCUCAGAGCGGAGCAGCUGCUACAGCGGGUCCGAUCAUGAGGCGUCUUCUGUUCCUCAGCAUCAUGGCGUUGGCGCUCCCCGCUCAGGUGUCGCUCUUUGAAAUGUACGGCAGCCUGCAGUCUCCAAACUUCCCCGAGCCAUAUCCCCGGCAGACGCAGCUGCGCUGGAACGUCAGCGUCCCCGACGGCUUCCAGGUCCAACUCUACUUCAGCCACUUUGACCUGGAGCCGUCCUACCUGUGUGAGUACGACUUUGUCAAGGUGGAGGCAGAGGGGGAGGUGCUGGGGUUGUUCUGUGGGCGGAGUCAGACGGACACGGAGGCGGUGCCAGAUCAGCAGUUCAUCACCUCCCCAACCAGCUCGCUCAGCGUCGUCUUCUCCUCCGACUUCUCCAACGAGGAGCGGCACUCCGGCUUCAUGGCUCAUUACAAAGCAGUGGAUGUGGACGAGUGCAGCGAGCGCAGCGACGAGGAUCUGACCUGUGAUCAUUUCUGUCACAACUACAUAGGGGGAUACUACUGCUCCUGCCGCUAUGGUUACCUGCUGCACACCGACAACCGCACCUGCAGAGUGGAGUGUAGUGAUGUUGUGUUCAGGGAACGCUCUGGCGUUCUGAGCAGCGUGGAUUUCCCAGCUCCCUAUCCAAAGAGCUCAGAGUGUUUGUAUCGUAUUGAGGCGGAGCCUGGAUUCAAGCUCCGCCUUCAGUUCGACCCCAGCUUUGACGUAGAGGAUCAUCCGGACGUCCGCUGCCCGUACGACUACGUCAAGAUCACAGCAGGAAGCACCCAGUUCGGUCCGUUCUGUGGAUCUUUGUCUCCGGGGGUCAUUGAGACCGACAGCAGCAUCGUCAGCGUCACUUUCCACAGCGACAACUCAGGAGAGAACCUGGGCUGGAAGAUGACUUACACUGCCACGGGAAGUCAGUGUCCAGUCCCCGAGAGCCCGUCCAACACUGUGAUGAAUCCUGUCCAAUCAGAAUACUUCUUCAAAGACCACGUCCUGUUCACCUGUUCACCCGGAUACAAACUGAUGAAGGACGGUGAGAUUCUGGAUCAUCUUCAGGUCGACUGUGGAUCUGAUGGAACCUGGAGCAGUCGUCCUCCUCAGUGUCAAUUGGUGGAUUGUGGGAAACCCAAAGCGGUCGAAAGGGCGGAAGUGGUGUUUGGUAACCAUGACAACAGCACACUGUUGGGUUCGACUGUGCACUACGUGUGUGGGGGGGGCACAUUUCACCUGAACACCAUCAACAGUGAGGAUCCAUCUUCUUACAGCUGUGGACACAACGGACAAUGGACAAAUCCAGAAUCAGGAGCCAAACUGCCGAGCUGUCUCCCAGCCUGCGGCCGGCCGGCCCGUCCUCUGCCCUCUCAGGUGAAGCGGAUUGUGGGGGGGCGUGGUGCGGAGCCCGGCCUCUUCCCCUGGCACGUCCUCCUCAGCGUAGAGGAUCUGUCCCGGGUCCCUGAGGGCCGCUGGUUCGGCUCUGGGGCCCUUCUGUCCGACUCCUGGGUCCUGACAGCAGCUCAUGUCCUAAGGUCUCAGAGGAGGGACACCAGUGUCGUCCCUGUGGCGCCCGAAUAUGUCAAGGUCUUCCUUGGUGUCCAUGACGCCCGGGACAGACGUCUGGCCUCGAAUCGCUCGGUGGAGCAGAUCGUCCUUCAUCCCGACUUCCAACCCAACAACUACAACAACGACAUCGCCCUGCUGAAGCUGACGAGCCGGGUGGAGCUUAACCACCUCAUCCGUCCCAUCUGUCUCCCGCCUCCUCAUAACAAGGAUGACCCCUCCUCACCUCUUCCGAACUCUCUGGGGAUCGUCGCUGGCUGGGGGAUCUCCAUCCCCAACGCCACCUCCUCCUCCUUAGGUGACCCCCCCUUGCUGACCUCUGACCUCCUGCAGUUCGUGAAGCUGCCGGUGGUUUCUCAGGACGAGUGUCGGGCUAGUUACGCUUCGCGCUCCGUCAGCUACAACAUCACGGAAAACAUGUUCUGUGCCGGGUACUUUGAAGGUGGGAGGGACACCUGCAUGGGGGACAGCGGGGGGGCGUUUGUGAUGGAGGACAAGGUCAGCCGGAGGUGGAUGGCAUUGGGGUUGGUGUCCUGGGGGGGGCCGGAGGAGUGUGGGAGUCAGAGGGUCUACGGAGUCUACACCCGAGUGACCAAAUACGUGGAGUGGAUCCAGCACCACCUGCAGGCUGCCCCCUGGUGGUAAGACAGAUAUCACAGCUGCAGCCAUGACUUAAUGAGGACACAGUGGGACUGACAACAUGUCCUCUGAUCAUCUGUCCACCUGCUGCAGAAAACGUCUCCACAUCUCUUUCAUAUUCUCGUCUUUGACCUCUAUGAAAAAGCUGAAGCUAGCUAACGUGAUAAAGAAGCUAAUCUUUAUCACGUCGCACAAGUUUCCUUAUCUGAACAACCAGAACAUUCACCUUCCUACAGAUGUCACAUGUUAACAUGUAACUGACCACACGCACACACACACACACACUUAUAACCAGUCUGACUUCCUUCUGAGAAAGCGAGCACUCCAGCGCCACCAGCAGAGUGGGAGGAGUCAUCACACAUUUGAAAUGUUUCAGUAGCUCAGUAAGAAAAUCGAAUUUAACAUCAUUGCUAAAAAGUUUUUCUGUCAGGAGACAGUCAGAAUAAUCAAGUAUUAUAUACAUAUAUGUAGUAAUACAUAUUUAUUUCACUCCAUAUACAAUUUCUAUUGACAUGUUAAAUAUUCCUUCACUUAGUUUGGAUUUUAAAUUGUUCCCCCUCUUUAGAUCUUUUCGAUCCACAUCAAAUCCUCAGAUUUAGUUUUUCAUUUUAGAGGAUGAACGUUUCAGUGACAGGUCUUUCCUCUGGCGCCCCCUGUGGGACUCGGAGAGCAGAGAGCUUUUUAUCGUGAAGUUGUUUGCUGCGGCUGCAACCACCUGCGCAGCCUGCAGGGGGCGACAAAUGCUCUUUAUGUGAUUUAAAUUGGAAAUAAGAAGAUGACACUUUUCAAUUAAACUUUAUUUAAUUUCA